UGUUGAUUCGGCUCUGCGAACUUCGCCGAAAAUAAGGCCACGCCGAUCAAAAUUCGACUCGUCUUCCAUGAGCAGAGAAAGAAAAUGAACCAACAAACCAAACGCGACGUGCCGUGCGUCAGUUCGGUCGUCCGCGCUGGCUUGUGGCAGACUCUGACCCUCCGAACUCCCGACCCAAUCACGCAGCCUCCUCCUCCGCGUCCCUUCCCCUUUCGACGACGCCACCUCUCGGCUUUAUGCUGGGCGCCGUCCUCCGCGUCCCGGCCCCGAUCCCGCCGCCUCUGCUCCCCGCGCCGACGCGCCCUCUCCUCGUCCUCCGCCGCUGCCGCAGCGACUGCCUGCCGCCUGGGACGCCCAUGGCCUCGGCCGACGGCGGCGGCGCCACCAAGCCCGACGCCGCGCCAUCGCCCGCGCCCGCGCCGGCGCCGAUGCCGCAGCCGCCCGAGAAGCCGCUCCCGGGCGACUGCUGCGGCAGCGGCUGCGUGCGCUGCGUCUGGGACAUCUACUUCGACGAGCUCGACGCGUACGACAAGGUCCUCGCCGCCCACGCGGCCGCCUCAGGCUCCGGUGGCAAGGACUCCUCCGCUGACACCAAGCCCAGCGACGGCGCUAAGCCCUGAUGCGCGUGUCAUGUCAGGACUCCAAUUAGGAUGCAUUGAUUUGAGGAGAGCAACCACGCCUGAAAUGUGUGGGCAGGACAUCGAGGUUCCUGAAUCAAUCUUGAAGUUCACAGAUCCAAUGGCGGAUGAUAUGGCAGCAGCAGGUGUCCAUGCAGCCAAAAUGUUGACACCUGGGGCGGCAAUGUCUGGCUGCAGAAGAAGGUGCGGAGUUUUUGAAACCAACUAGGACAGGCACUAUUAUAGAGAGACUUAAGGAUGAAGUUUGAUCAACUGGAGGUGAUGUUUUACCUUCAGAACAGAGGGGGAUAGAGAGCUAGGACCCCGGGAUGAGAAAUAUGCAACUUCUGGGCCUAUCAGUUCUCCAAGAAUAGUUUUCACUGAGCCAAACUGAACUGUUGGGUUUCUGUGUAUAGCAAAGAAAUUAUUAGAAAUUUGCUGUCAAUACAGCAUGUUGCAA